CUCUCUCUCUCUCUCUGUCUGGGCGCAUCCGUCUCAGAAGCAGAGUUCCUACUAACCCUUGAUAAUUUAAUUUGCUAUUUAUCACCAAAUUAUGCCACAUACUCAUCCUGUCUGUGUCGGCAGAGUUUGAAAACAAAUGUCACACUUUCCAGCUUGGAGAAGAAGAAGCGAAGACUAGCAUAUCAAAACAAUGGAAAGGUUAGCUCUGACUGGUGAGAGCCAUACCAAUUCAGAUACCAUAAGGGAGUAAGGAGGCUUAUUUGUGUCUUUUCAGUUUGUUGACCUCACUGGAGCUGGUCUGACUGAAGGGUUCGGGAUUGACAAGAUGCGUUCCAGUUCCAGUGUGGAUGGACCGCCAAGCGCCAUUGGUAGAGGAGGCACUGGCAGCAACAACAACAACAACAACAACCACAACAGCAGCAGCAGCAGCAGUGAAAACAGUGGAAAUUCAGGUUCCCAGUAUGCGCUAUGUGCUCUGGGGGUUGGGCUUGUUGCCCUCGGCAUAGUGAUGAUUGUGUGGAGCGUGGUACCUGCAGACGGGGCCGGUAAUAGCAGCAGCAGUUCAGGAGGAGAUGGUGAUACUAGUGGCAGGAAACAUAAAGCGUCUUCUGUGGCCUUUGUCUUGGCGGGGUCUGGGGUGGUCAUGCUGCUGCUGUCAUUGUGUCUGGGAAUGAGGAACAAACAGCGAGAGCAGCAGAGGCUCCAACAGGCCCAGGACCACAGAGUAGUGGCAGCGAGGGAGCAGGAGGAAAGAGAAACUGCUGAGGAACAAGCCCACCGUUAUGCUGUACCCAGCUAUGAAGAGGUAGUAGGCAGUGGCCAGUACCCUGUCCGUCAGAGCAACCCUCGCCCAAGCACCUCCCAGCUACCUUCCUAUGAUGACCUUAUCCAAGUUGAUGGUGUACAGUAUGAAUUCGAAGGGUCAGAGGCCACAACUACCGGAUCACAGACUGCUCCGGCUUCCAUUGCUUCCGCUGCUGCUGCUUCCACAUCAAAUCGCAGAGCUGGGAAAAAUAGCCGUAAACUCCUCCCUAUCAAGAUCCGCCGGAUAAAAUCAGAGAAGCUGCACAUGAAAAACAUUGAUAACGCUCAGCCACCACCUGGAUUCAGUAUAGAACCACUUACCCCUCCGCCGCAGUAUGAAGAUAAAGGGCCUCCGCUUUAAGAUCAAGCUGAUCUUGUUUACAACAAUCUACAGAAAUUCCUUUGAAUCCUCCAUGAUCCUGUUUUGUGGAUCUGUGUUUUUAAGAUUUGAAGAUGGUUCUACUUGCAGAGCAUUCUCAGUGGCACCUUUUUAUACAGUAUCUGUUGUAAUUCAUCAUUAGUGCCACAUCGAUCCAAAGCACGGAACACAGAAACAUUAAAGUGCUCAUAUUAUGCUCAUUUUCAGGUUCAUAAUUGUAUUGAGGUUAUAUCAGAAUAGGUUUACAUGGUUUAAUUUUCAAAAAACACCAUAUUUUUGUUGUACUACACAUUGCUGCAGCUCCUCUUUUCACCCUGUGUGUUGAGCUCUCUGUUUUAUCUACGGAGUGAGGCAUCACACUUCUGUUCAAUCUUUGUUGGGAGUCGCACAUGCGCAGUAGCUAGGUAAGGACUGCUAGCUAAUCAGAAGCAGAGUAUGAGGGUGUGCCACGCCAGCAAGCUAGGCGAGCAUUGAAAACACACAACAUAUGCAGUUCUCAUUUAUGUCAGUCGUUUUCUGUUUAUGCAUUUUCCACUGUGCACUGACUAAAGAUGUGAGUUGACGGUGAAAGAGAUCAUAGGACAUCAAUGAGCGGUUAUAGUUAGCAUUUGUGUGCACACUUAAAUAGAUAUAUGCAGGGCACUCAUUUUGUGAAGUAGCUGCUGCAGUUUGGGAUUACUACUGCCACCAAAUGCAGGCUUCAUGGUGAGUGACUGAGCAUUGUAUGUGCUCAGCUGGCUUGAGCUGAUGUGGUAUGCUAUACAGAAACUCUUCCUCAUUGUCAACAAUAUUGUCUCUCCUGGUCCUCUACGUCUAUAGCUUCUGUUGCACUAGCUUUUGUUUCUGGCUCCUUGAAAAGCUGAAACAUGGUACUGGGAUUUUUACUGGACAGCAUAAACUUCUAUUUUUGACCAACUUUAUUUUAUCAUGGUUAAAACAAUGUGAACCUUUUAUUAGCAUUUAUCAGCUACAGCUCCCAUGACCCCUUAGCCAUAGGCACCAAAACCUAAUGGGAAUUGUAGUAGUUGAAUGCAAACAAAAUCUCACUUGUGUUAUCCUAGUAAGAAGGCAGUCAAAUGUUACCGUCAAGUACAGCAGCAUAUUCAAGAGAAAACCCAAGUUUGACGUUUCACCUUAGAAAGACAAACCCCUGUUCAGUACAUGGUCUGGUAGAUAUUUCUUUACUGAGCAGGAUUUGGUUCAAAAUCACUAAAUGACUUAAUUUAGUAUCAGUUGUUUCAUUAAAAAAAACACAAAAUAAUAUCUUUACUUCUUCAAAGCUGUAUUAAGGAAUUUUCAACUGUAAAGGGCACUAAGAACUGUAAAACAAACUCAAACAGAAACACAGCUCUGAUAUGCCAUUAGAUUAUCAAAUUGUCAUGGCUAACAGGCUAGAAAACCACUGCCUAACCACAAAAUAAGAUUAGCAUACGAUUUAAAGUCGUGUUUCUAGCUAAUUUCAAAAUUCCCUUGCUUUUUUAGCUCAGGUUUGGAUUCCACAACCUCUUGAGAAACAUAGCUGGGUCUUUAACUUUAGCUCAUUAUUGACUUGUGUACUUUGUCGCUUCGUGCUACGCAGCCAGCAUGCUGUCGACACACGUCUCAUGAGACUCAACCAUACAGUCUACUUGUGCAAAAACCUAAAUGAGCUUCAGAGUUGGGAAAUAACGACCAAAUAGCCAUUCAAAAGUGUAAACUAUUUGGAUGUCAGUUGUGGAGGGAAUGGGAAGGGUCUCUGUUAUGGAUUUUAUGGCGGAAAUGUUUACACUUACUACUGCAGCAUCAAUGGUCACCAUUAGGUUACUUUUUAAGAGAAAUGACUUUCUAGGAAGAAACUAUUUCUAGGAAGUUGACGGUCUCAUCUCAUGAAGUCCUUGAGGAGGUUUGCUUAUGCUAAUUGACUGCAGCAAACUGGAGUUUUGCCCUCCAGUUGUACACUAUACACUAAAGUACAAGUGCCUUUGUGUUCAUAACAACACUGCUGCUCUCCCUAAAACAUUUCAAAAGACACUACGACUGAUCCUGCACUCUAAUGUUGCUCUUCUAAUGCAGUGUUGCUCUUACUCAUGCAAACAGCAGGGAGAGAAGGAAAUCCGUGAGAGCAUAAUGGAAGGAGCUCGUGAAUAGUUAAAAGCCUUUUUCCUGUAGCCAUGGUGAACACCGGCAGUAGUGUAGUCUGCCUCUUUCUGGGCUUGUUUUUUCUCGUACUGGAGAUGACCAACAGAAAGACUCUUUGACCGUGCAGCUGUGCCAUAACAAGAGCAACUAUUGCUCACUCGCUUGCUCAUCACCAUUCCUCCAGCCACAGCUUGACUUGCCUGUUUUCACUUAGAAGUAUGCAGAGAAUGAGCAGAACAGAGAAGAAAGACAGCUGUUCAGAUAACUGGUUUGAAUUUAAUCACCAUGCACUAUUUUAUCAAUACCUGUCAGCAAACUCUCCUUUCUUCUUUAGGUUAGAGUUGUUGUGAUAUGAACAGCUGAAGCCAAAGGAAUGGAUUUACCAGUCAUUCAAAGGCACUUUUUAUUAGUGACUUCAUUACCUAGUUCUGCACUGUGUUUAAGUAAAACACAAAUGUAGUUAAUGAAACAAAGCUACUCAAUCAUCAUCAGCUGGACAUAUGUGUAUAUUGCCAAGUUUUCUGUCAAACAAAAGGCAACAGGGUCCUUCAAGUUUGUCAUUGAAAUUCAACAGUUCAAUGUCCCCAUUUUUUUCUCUUGUUUUCAAAGUGGAAACUUGCCACAUGGUCUAUUUUUGUUGUUGUUGGUAAUGUUCAGUGCUGCAGACAUAGCCAUCGUACCUCAUUUGCAAAGGACCAGUUAACUACAUGAUUGAUUUUUAUUACUAUGUAGUUAAAAUGUUUUACAUUGAUAAAAUGAGUGUUUUGAAAAUGAGUGUGAGAUUUAGCAGUCACUUUCUGUUUUACUCAGAUGAGUGUCUGAAACACAUGCUGUUUGUUCAUUUAUAAUUUCUUAUUUUAUUACUUAAAUAUAUAUGUCUUUUAUAUGUACUGUGAAAAUGUGCUUUUCUAUGAUAAUUCUAAUUUGUUUGUGGAGUUUUUCUUCUCUGAAGAGUAAAAACAAAUGUAUCUCAUGAAUAUUUUAUGAGAAAUAAAAGGAAGUAUUUCUUAAUUAACACAGUGUUUUAAGAAGUGUAUUUGGAUUCCUGAACAGUUGUGUGUAUAAUUCCAUGUUGACUCAUAUGCCAUAAUUCCCUGAACAUUUUAACAUCAAUAUUUUCUAA